AUGUCUCUCACGGCUGAAGAUGUGAAGCAGAUCAUCGCCUGGUUCAUUGGCAUACCGCCAGCUAUCUUUUACGUAGCGCUGGCGGUCGUUUGCAGGCUUCACCACCGGUGGAUCGCCUUCGCCUUCUCCGCCGCAUCGGCGUUGACGCUGUGUGUUUGGUUCGCAAUGAACUGUCUCUCCAUCGUUUCCGCCAUUUUGUUGGCGCGGUCCAACAUCUGUGCCGCAAAGCGUAAUAUGGAGAACAUCGACGAUGAGCAGAAGAGUCCUGAUCCAGGGCGCGAAAAUCCGCAGACGCAUUGUGUCCCCAUCAAUACAGACGGGGGCCCCAUGGUCGCACAGCAGUCCGAGGAUGAGGGCGUCUUGUCGAGCAUUCUCGAUUCGAGCAAGGCCAACGUCAACGCUUUUGAAGGCAGCACCACUUCGAGCAUUCAGGGGAGCAGUUCGCGAGCUUCCGCAAACCCUUUCCACUCACCCUGCCAGGCUUCCCCUGCCGUGAACGUUGGGCCUCAGGGAUCAGCGCCACCUCGUGGCGAGCUCGUCGUGGCGCCGCUGCGAGAGACGGGCAUGCUGUCGUCGCCGUCACUCCUUAAGCAUCCCUACACGAAGGACGCGGCUCCAGCCAUUUCCGCGUGCCCGCCAAUGAAGCCAGGCAACCUGCAGUUGUAUCCAACGCAAUGCCUGAACGCUGACACAGACUUCAGCGGGUCCGGCGAGCAAGAAAAGUGCACGCCGAAAGAUCACGCGCUGCCGCUCGCGGGUAGGAUGCCCAUCUCCAUGCACACUCCCACAGACGCCCGGCACACACCGACGCCCCUCACGAUCGUUUCCGCCCGCGUUGCGAAACCUUCCAAGCCCUUGCGUAUAGCAUUGAUGAUGCCUCUCGUCUCGUUGUACAUGACAAUCAUCAUCACCAUCCUCACGCUCAUCGGCUCCUUCAUGUGCGAGUACGAUACUCAUUGCCUUUUCCUGGCAUCUCCUGUACUCGGCGUGCCAUGGCUAUGGGCAAAUCUGUUGCUGAUAAAGAAAGCUUUCUACAAUACCCCGCAUAUGUGGCGCAGCUUUCACUGUCGCCUGGUGAGCGUCCUCACUCGCUGGUUUGUUUUUUUGAUCGUCUACGCUGCCUCGGUUGGCGUGUUUGCCGCGGCAUGCGCGCUCGAAGUCAUGUAUUGGACCCCGUACAGCAUCGACGGAGAGGCGACGCCACUUGGGAUUCGUGUGAUGGGCUACUUCGCCCCGACUUUGAUCAUGCUCAGCAUCGGCGUCUUUCUCAACAACCUCAAGGCGAUGCUCGGCAUCAAGUGGGAGACCCAUGAGAGCGAGAUGGUGGCCAAUGAGGCGCCUGCGGCGACGGAUUACCAUGAAUGUCCACAAGAGAACAUGGCGUUGCGAGUCCUCACGCCCGAGAUCGUGCCACAUGACGGCGUUGGUCGGCCGUCGCCUUCUGUAGGUAUAGGAAGCGUUUCUGGCAGCUCUUCCGUUCGCACCGCGGGUAACGUAUCGGCGGCAGAGGUACACGCCCGCCUGCAGUCCCAGAUGAUGCCCCCCAACUUUCCCCAGACGCUGCCCGAAGAGACGUGCUCGACUCUGUCGUCGAUUGUGCGGUCGUUGGCGGGGGGCAGUCUUUUCAUUCCACACAUCAACGCACCGUCGUCUGCGAAGCUGUCCGUGAGCAUGAGUCUCCUGCGCGGUACCCACUCAAAUGCUAAUGGAAGUCCUGAUCACUACAGCAGCCCUCAACCAGUGACCUUCAUGACCUCGGUCCCGCAGCUGAAGACGGUGACAAUGCUCUACGUGGCCUACCGCGACAUCUACGAUGAAGAAGAAGAUGCCGUGUUGAGCGUCAAUGCAUCCGACCAGAGGGGCGGCAUGGCUGCCACCCGCAACAAGCAGCAGACUGUGUCGGUCAACUUCGAGGCCGUGAUGGAGGCACUCGAAGACGCCAAGGGGCAAGACAGUGCUGACGCGAACUCCUACGUGCUUACAGCAUACGAGGAUGCGAUUUGUGUGGUGUGGGGACUCAUCCCCUUUAGCAGCGAGCCGGUGCUCUUGGCGAUCGAGAAGGCGCGAAAAAUCAUGAAGGCCUUCGAGAGUCGCCCGAAGCCGCCGACAAGUUUCAGCAAUGCACGGCAGGAAUUGGUCGCGGCUGUGGUGUCAGCCCCACAUUCGCUUGUGGGCCUCGUGGGCUCUGGCUCGUGUCGCGGAAUCCACUUCUUCAACCCGCGUCAGCACGAGCUGGGGGCUAAGAUGCUGCGCCGCGGCCUCGCUAUGCACCGCCGUCUCCCUUCCUUGCAGGCCCCCCUCGACGAACCACAGAACCCAUUUCACUGCAUCUUGCUGGAUGGGCGGUCGUGGAACAGCACGACAAGUCAAAUCCUGGCACGUCCGUGUGGUAUCAGCGGGGGCGACCAAGCUAAAACAGCUGCGAAGCAGCCGAAGCAGAGAGGCCUACCGGUCAACGCCUCUUCGAAGUCGACAAAAAACCAGUUUGUCAUUAUUUACAACUUCAUGGAAGUGUUGCAAACCAUCGAGGAGGAGUGGCAUCUCGUGGUGCAGCGGCAAGAGCACCUUGGCUCGAAGUUCAGUUUCCUCUCUGAGGCAGUGCAGCUGCUCCACCAGGGUGACCAGAGCGGCGCACAGCAGGUGCUUAAGGGCGCAGUGCAGAGCAUGACCGCCAGCAGUGACGCCGACAACAUCACCCUCGCCCAGAUGCUGCUGGAAGAUUUGGAUUCCACAGAGGAAUAA